CGCGGAUUUAUUCGAGUCAUUCACCUCCAGUGUGGCAUGAGGAUGGGCUGUGGACAGACGGUAGGGUCUACAGCGGCUGACAAUGGCUUUUCAGCAAAAUGAACCUACGCCUGUUCCGGCUCCGUCAUCUCUCUCGUUUACCCAAGGAUUUCUCCUAGGACAGCUCUCUGUGGUGUUGCUGAUCGGUGCCUUCAUCAAGUUCUUCAUUUUCGGAGAGGCACCACCGCCACCAUCCCGCGGUCUCUCGCACCGAGCUUCCACACACCGACGGUCCAACUCGAUAUACUCACAAGAUGCUUCUUCCAGAUCGUUAAGAGAAAAGCCUUCCACAUCUAAUGUUCUUCGUCCGGUCCCGUCAUCCUCCACCAAUACGCGCUCCAUUCUUCGAAAAACAUACUACACUGCAAUUCCCCCGAACCCUUCCUCAAAACAUGGCAGACACCGUAUGCAUCAUUCUUCACAUCAACCAGAGUCUUUGGAUUGGUUUAACGUCCUUAUUGCACAAACAAUCGCCCAGUACAGGCAGACUGCAUAUCUUCUCAAGGACUCGCCAACGUCCUCCAUCCUUAGUUCCUUGACCGCAGCUUUGAACAAUCCGGAGAAGAAACCAUCCUUCAUCGAUAAAAUCACGGUCACAGAUAUAUCGCUGGGCGAGGAAUUUCCGAUAUUUAGCAAUUGCCGUAUCAUUGCCGUUGAUGAUCCCAUGUCCGAUGGUGGGAGGCUCCAGGCCCUGAUGGAUGUCGACCUUAGCGACGACAAUCUCUCCAUUGCCGUUGAAACGUCACUAGUGCUAAAUUACCCUAAACCGAAUUCUGCGAUUCUUCCUGUUGCUCUAUCUAUAUCUGUUGUUCGAUUCUCAGGGACGCUUUGCAUCUCUCUUGUUCCCGCGUCGGCUCCUCCACUCCAUACUCCUUCUCCUAUACCAUCGCCUCCGGCAGCGGAAUCACAACGGCCGUCUGGCAAUGCCCCCGACGAGACCGCCAAUGAUGUGCCGCCAAAGACAGCAUCACCGAAGAGCAAUGUUGCGUUCUCAUUCUUACCUGACUAUCGACUCGACCUUUCAGUUCGAUCGCUCAUUGGAUCACGCAGCAGACUGCAGGAUGUGCCCAAGGUUGCGCAACUUGUGGAGGCGCGUGUGCAUGCCUGGUUUGAGGAACGAGUGGUCGAGCCCCGGGUGCAGGUGGUGGGACUUCCAGACCUCUGGCCACGGAUGGGCAGAACGGGUGUCCGAACCGGUGAUGAUUCGGAGACUGGCUCCAACGCAGCCUCUCGAUCAGCAAUGUCGGUCGAUAUGAGUGGUCCUCUCCGUGGGGAUGAUACUGGCAGGGAACCAGACACACUAAGGUUCCGGGGAAAUCUCGGUGCACGCCCGGCAUUUGAUGCCCUCUCCCGAACCAGCAGCUAUCAGGUUGAGACGGGGGAUUAUCGCAGUCCUAGUUUGACUCGCGAGAGGAGUAUGGGGGACGAUUUCCACGUCCCUGGCUCUAUGCCUGAGCUCUCUGGUCCUAACUAG